CUCAGCACCUUUUCUUAAUACUCCCCCACGUUCUCAAAAUGCAAAUAAUAAACAAAAAUCUUCCCAAGCAACUUCAAAAAAUUCUAUUGAUCCGGCCCUGUUAUUUAUCUUUUCCCCUAAAAAUAUUAUUAUUCUUGCUUUUGGUAUUCGUAGAUCUUUCGGGACCAUUCGUACAACUUUAAUAUUAUCUGACGGUCAAUGUCCGCCAAAUGUUAUGGAUAAAAUUUUAAAUGAUAAUUUAAACUAUUUACAACAAAUGUUGGACGCCUACGAUCAAAAGACUUUAACCGCUCCGCCAACACCGAUAAAUGAUAAAGCUUUUGGUCUCUCCGAAUCCUCUCUCUCCAACUUACUUCUACUCGAUUCAUCUGUUUGUAAAAAUUUAAUCCAAAGUUUUAAAGAAGAGAAUGUUACUUGGGAACAAUGGUGUAGUGAUGAAUUAAGAGAAAAGAUAAUUCAACAUUAUUUUGAAGAACGAAUUAAUGUUAUCGAAAUUUUAUGCUAUUUAUUUUUCUUAGCAUUAGACCCUGAUAAAGUAUAUCAUGAAUUGGCAAUAGAAAUAAUUCAGAAUCACUUUUUAGAUGAUAAUUUUAAAGAUAAAAUAUUUGACCAAUUUAAACGAAAAUCUCAACAAGACGUUCCUCAAAACUUUUUGGAUGCUGAUUUAGCAACAUUAUGGGCAACUCAAUCUGUAAAAGAGCAAAAAGUCUUAUUAGAUCUUUUGUUUUUACGAUAUGCUGUACAGUCCCCAGAUCAGUCUUCUCAUCUUUUAUUAUUAAAGUUCCUUAACCAUUCCAUUAGUACAAGAUUUGGUCGUGAUCAACCUACUGACAGAUUCCUUGAUUCAAUUGGUAAAGAAAUUGUAUCUCAGGCUCACGACCUUAGUCAAAUUUUGGUUAUUAUAAUCCUAUUUGUUGAAUUUAAUGUUGAUAUUAUUUUACCUUCUGCUCCUUUGCGUUCUAAACGCCCCGCUUCACAACAAGAUAUCAUGGCUAUCAAUGAAGUUGCGUUAAAAAUGGGUGAAGAUCAAUCAAAUGGAAUUUUUUUAUGGAUUUGGUCUUCAUAUUUAACACAUUUACAGACCUAUUUUGACGAAACGAAUUGGCCUUAUACUUAUCAAGACCUUGAGACGAUUGUGGACAGUAUAAUUAGGGAAUUUGGUAUCAGAGCAUUCAAACUUAACGUUAUCAAAUAUAUUCAUCUUAUCCUAACUGGUUCAUGUUUUAGACCAGAAGAACCAUAUGUUACGGGUUACAAAUUAGUAUUUAAACAUUUUUUCAUGUCGAUCUUUGAAGCUUACGAGGUUAAUUAUUUACCGGAUUAUGAUG